AUUUUAUCACCCAGAAGGAAAACCUAGAAACCCCAAUCACUGAAUACCCAAAUCGCCGAUUCCAUCAAAAACAAUGGCCAGCGCCACUAAACUUCUGGGUCCAACGGCCGUCGCCGCUGCGGGAAAAUCAUCUGAAGAUCCAAACACUACCAUCAUCACCGCAGCAUUGGGCUCCGUAAUCACCCAAAACACCAACCUUAAUCUCAAUCCCACCACUAUUGGAGAACCACUGAAAGGCUUGACAGAGAACUUUUCUGCGACAUUUUUGUCGAGCGGAAACCCCUGCGUGGAUUUCUUCUUCCACAUUGUGCCCAACACGCCGUCCGAUCAGCUGAUUCAGCGGCUUGAAUUGGCGUGGACCCACGACGCACUGGCCACUUUGAAACUGAUUUGCAAUUUGAGGGGGGUGAGAGGGACUGGCAAAUCCGACAAGGAAGGGUUUUAUGCGGCCGCAUUUUGGCUUCACAACAAACAUCCGAAGACCCUGGCUCUCAAUCUUAGGGCCUUUGCUGAAUUUGGUUACUUCAAGGAUUUUCCGGAGAUUCUAUAUCGCAUCUUGGAAGGAAACGAGUGCAGAAAGCUCCAGAAAGAAGAAUGGAGGGAACGGAAGAAAGACAAGAAGAAGUUCAAGCGAGAGGGAGGGAGAAAAUUGAAGGUUUCGGAAAAAGAAGAGGAAGGUAUAUUGGAAAACAUGGCGGAUAUAGUCACUGUGAGUGAAGAAAAAAGCAGUAGAAUGUUGAGGAAAGAGAGGGAGCUUGCUAAAGCUAAGAAAGCCAUAGAUAAGUACAAUUCUGAUCCCAAUUAUCGUUUCUUGUUUGACUGCAUUGCUGAUUUCUUUGCUGAUCUUUUGAAAUCUGAUUUGAAAAUUUUGAAUGCUGGUAAGCUGUUCGACAUAAGUCUUGUCUCAAAAUGGUGUCCUUCGAUUGAUUCUGCCUAUGAUAAAGCUACAUUGCUCUGUGAGGCAAUUGCUCGGAGAGUUUUCCCUCGGGAGAGCGAGAAAGAAUAUGUGGGAAUUGAGGAGGCGCAUUAUGCAUACAGGGUUCGAGAUAGACUGAGGAAACAAGUGCUUGUUCCCUUACACAAGGCUCUUCAAUUACCGGAGGUUUACAUGAGUGCUAAUGAGUGGAAUGCGCUUCCUUACAACAGGGUUGCAUCUGUUGCAAUGAAGAACUACAAGGGUCUGUUUGUGAAGCAUGACAAGGAGAGAUUCGAGGGGUAUCUGGAGGAGGUGAAGAGUGGGAAGGCAAAGAUCGCGGCUGGAGCUUUGCUUCCCCACCAGAUAAUUGCAUCCUUGAAUGAUGAAGGUGGUGAAGAAGUUGCUGAGCUCCAAUGGGCUAGAAUGGUUGAAGAUGUUGCCAAAAAAGGCAAGCUCAGAAAUUGCAUUGCCGUCUCUGAUGUUUCUGGAAGUAUGUCAGGGAUUCCCAUGGAGGUGAGUGUGGCCCUCGGACUGUUGGUUUCAGAGCUCAGUGAGGACCCUUGGAAGGGAAAGGUGAUAACAUUCAGUGAGAAUCCUGAACUUCACUUAAUCAAAGGAGAUAGUCUUAAGGCCAAAACAAAGUUCAUUAGAGAAAUGGACUGGGGUGGCAACACAGAUUUUCAAAAAGUAUUUGAUCAGAUAUUGGCAGUUGCUACCGAGGGGAAGCUGAAAGAGGAACAAUUGGUAAAGAGGAUAUUUGUCUUCAGCGACAUGGAGUUUGAUGCAGCCAAUGGUAAUUUUCUCUACUAUUCAAGUCAGAUGGAAAAUGGUGAGGAGUUAAACAGAGAGGAGAUACUCCGAACACAAUGGGAAACGGAUUAUGAAGCAAUACAGAGGAAGUAUCGCGAGCAUGGAUACAGUAAGCCUCCAGAGAUUGUGUUUUGGAACCUCAGGAACUCGUCCUCCACUCCAGUGGUUUCUAGGCAGAGUGGAGUUGCAAUGGUUAGUGGGUUUUCAAAGAAUUUGCUGACUUUGUUCUUGGAGGAAGGAGGGAUUGUGAACCCUGAGCAGGUAAUGGGAUUAGCCAUUGCUGGUGAAGAGUACCAGAAACUUGCAGUGUAUGAUUGAUUGUUAUGUUUUCUGCACUUGAUUGUGAAAAAUGAGGGCUUCAGUGUUACCUUCUAUGCGGAUUUACUGAUGAAAUCCUAGUGUUUGCAGAUCACAAAGUUGAGUUGUUACCAUAUAAGCUUAUGUAUUGAACAAAGUGAGAAGAAAUUUGAAGGAGCUUUCUUUCUGUAUAAAAUCCAUUUUCAUGGUUUUUUUCAAUUGUUGAAGGCAUGAUUUAUGGAAAUGGGCAAGGAUACAGGGGAAAUGGUUUGUUAAUUUUGGGUCGUGAAUGUUGGGCUACAUUAAAUAGUGUUUAUAACUUCAGGCCCAACUUAAGACUGUUCUGGGUUGGAUAAGAAAUUACAUCCAUUGGU